GUUUAAAAAAAUUAUCCAAAUCAGCCUUACCCUCAGGGGUAUCAAUGCAUCUACCCAUAUAUUAAGACCCAUACCCCUCGGUAGUUGGUGGUUAAAGAAUCCACAACGUUGAUACCUUUAUUAUCCCCCCUCUUUUACUACCAAUUCCCAAAAAAGAAUUCAUAUCAAAAUGGGUCCUCAGCUAUUUCUGAUCGUGGGAUUAUUCCUCCAACUGCUCUCAGCUCACGAGCUACAUCCACGCGAAAGCCCUGCCUGCCAGUUCUCAGUGGCCGCCUCAUACCUUGGAGAAACUUGCGAAGCUUUCACUAGGAGGUGGCAUAUUGAUCGUCCUACAUUUUUAUCGUUGAAUCCGGGUGCCGACUGCUCCGGCCUUGCUGAUGAUCGCACUUACUGUGUGGAGGCUGUCUCGUCGGUCUCGGCUACUGCCUCUGUGACAACGACAUCGUCCACAACCAGCUCUCCAACGGUAUUAUACACUACCACCGAUAGCUCUACAGCUACAGCCUCCGCAGCCACCGGCAGUUCUACAGUGACAUCUUCUACAACUACCGACAGCUCUACAGAGACAUCGUCCGCAACCACCGACAGCUCGACAGCGAUAAAGGAGUCUACUACUCCUACAUCUACCUCUGAGUCUGCUGCCCCAGCUUUUACUAUUCCUCUGCAGAUCACAAUGAUUAUUACACUAUUGUUUUCUCUCUGCUUUAUUUAACCGGGCUUUCUUCAAAGACAUGUCAAUACAAAAAUAGACAUGUACCACGACUGUGCCUCUUCAGGAGCCUAUGUGCUGUUCGGCGUCUAGAUGGUAUUUAGAAAUUGAUGUCAGAGCCCCGAAGGGUUUAGCUCAGAAUAUUUCGUCGGUCUGCAGAGUGACCAUUUUGUUUGUAACAUAUCCUGUAUUCUAGUUGUUCCAUAUAAAAUGGUGCUCUUCAUAACCCUGAUAUCCCAACCAAAGAAUGUCAAUACAUUGCAAUAAUUUGUCAAUUACUA